GCAAGCUCCAGCAGGCUCGCAACAUCAAUUGAAUUGACGCUUUGAACCGCGGGUCCCGGUCCCGAAACCACCCACCACCACCGCCAAUUCCCACCCCGACCAGACAAUGUACGUCUCGCGCCUACGGGCAGUAGCCACGGCGGCCGCCGCAGCCCGUGAGGUGGUGUUGCUGCCGCGGCAGUCGCACCGGGCGGCAUACUACUUCAGCACGACGGCGCGCCAGCUCGAGUCCGCGACUACAUCCUCUCCCGCCUCUUCCUCCUCCUCCAACGCCCCCGCCACGACCCCGACAACAGCCAGCUCGCAGACUGCUCCGCCACUGGUUCCCGAGGGCGGCCCGGCGCCGACGGAGGCGGUCAUGCAGGCUCCGAACCGCGCCGACGUGUGGUCGCGCAGCCAGCGGCCGCGGGCGGAGGCCAUGACGGGUCCGCGCUUUGAGCAGACGGAUUUCGAGCUGCAGCCCCGGCCGUACGCGGCCAUCGAGCUCAUCCACAAGCAGCCCGUGCGGUGGACGCACGACCGGAUCGUGGCCUGCGACGGCGGCGGCGGGCCGACCGGGCACCCCAAGAUCUUCAUCAACACGGACAAGCCCGAGAUUGCGACGUGCAAUUACUGCGGGCUGCCUUUUGCCAACGAGCAUCAUAGGAAACACCUCGAGUCUCUCCCGGAGACGUCGUACCCGCUGUCUUAAAGGACAAUCAUCGUGAUGGGGUCGGUUGGGUCGGAGAAGCAAUGCGGGCUGGGGAUGCGUGUACAUAUUGUAACUGGACCCAAUAGAUGGCAUAUUGCCGUGAAGAUGAUCCUGAAGCUCGGGAAGGCGCGGUGCAGCUGUGAGCAAAGGCGAGAGCAGACCGAUGAUCCGGCUGCCGUGCGCUUAUCCUAGGUGGCGUCCGUAAAUUGGCGUUCGCUCUGGAGUCGAGGAGUGCAGACUCAGCCGUGUUGUCCCUCCACUAGGCAUGUGGACGUCACUUCGCCGCCGC